GUGGGGCCCGUUGUGGACGUGCUGCAGUAUAGCCAGCAGGAACUGGAUGCUGCGGUGGAAGCGGCACACAGGGAGAGCCAGGAACUGAGGCGCAGGUGUGAGGAGCUGCAAGCCAAGAACCUGGAGAUGGGGAAGAUCAUGGAUGGGUUUGAGGCAAUGGUCUACCAGGCAAUGGAGGAGGGGCAGAAGCAGAAGGAGCUCGCCUAGGCUGAGGUGCAGAAGGUUCUGAAGGAGAAGGCCUUGCUCACAGCCGACCUGAGCUCCAUGGAAAAGUCCUUCUCCGACCUCUUCAGGUGCUUUGAAAAGCAGAAGGAGGCGAUCGAGGGCUACCACAAGAACGAGGAGGUGCUGAAAAAGUGCGUGCAGGAUUACCUGGCGAGGAUCGAGAAGGAGGCGCAGAGCUACCAGGCGCUGAAGGCCCAGGCCAGUGAGAAGCUGCAGCUGGUCAAUGAGGAGCUGGCGCAGGUGUGCAGCAAGGCCCAGGCAGAGGCCCUGGCCUUCCAGGCCAGCCUGCGCAAGGCCCAGAUGCAGAUCGAGUCCCUGGAGAAGGCUGUGGAGCAGAAGGGGCGAGAGAACGAGGAGCUGACCCGCAUCUACGUCGGCCUCAUCUCCAAGAUGGAGAAGAUCUCGGGUGCUGCUGCUGGGCAGGAUGCUGAAUAA